UUGGAUAACUUCCACCAUCGGAAACAUUUCAUCAUGAAAUUUGCCAUAAUUCUCGUGUCAACAUUCCUACUUGCCAAUGCUCAAAAACAGAUCGUGAUACCGCUCAAAAUCGACGCCAACAAGGAUGGAACGGUUACGUAUGGAGCUGGGUCGGCUUCGAUAGUGGCGUCAAAAGAUUUUAUCAGCAGCUUUUUGCGGCUGGUGGAUCUGAUUCAGCUGACGAGCAAGAUGAUGCCGCCGGGAACCAGUCAGAUGGUACCGAUUCCUCUCACGAUAAACGACGACGGUUCCUACAAGAUCGAGAUAUCCGGCAUCCCGUUUACGAUCGAUCCGAACUUCCUCGGUGGCUUGGGAAAGAAAUUUUUCCAUGAGUUGUCGCCAUUGCUGGGGGUAAAAAAAGUUGGUGGCAAGAAAAAGAAGACGAAAAAAGAGUUGUAAUUUCCUUGAACUAAAAUUAUAAUUGUUUUUUUUUUUUCUUUUCAAUUUGCCUAAAAUAUGU